CCGGCGCGUCAGCCGGGACCCUUUCGGAGGGACCCACCCUCGAGGGGAGGGGGGCCGGGGGGAAACGGCGGUCGUUUGCCUGCAGGAGGGCAGCGGGGCUGUUCUCGACCCCGGCUUUACAGCGGGAAGCUCAGAGGAAGGAGAACGCGGACGGAGGAGGAAGAAAACAGCUCAAACCUGAUCAAGAGGUGGAUAAGAAGCAGCAGGAAGUCGCAUUCUGGCCCCUCGAGGGUGGGGACGCCUGUUCGCCGGCAGCGGCUUAUUCAGAUCCUUCCAUCGCCUCUCCCCCCCGCCCCGGUUCCUUCAGCGUUUCCAGGCUGGCAACAGGUUCUGUAGAAGAGAACCCCAAAGGAGAUUCUGAAAUGGUUUACCUCCUGAACUCAGAUCCCUGUGGCUACUGUCUCAUUAUCAACAACGUCAACUUCAACCCAGACACAGAACUGAAGUGUCGUGUGGGCUCUAACAUCGACUGCCAGAGGCUGGAAAAGCGGUUCCGGGCAUUGCAUUUUGAGGUCUUGACAAAGGAAGACCUUACGGCUCAGGAAAUCGCUCAGGAGCUGCAGGGACUGUCAAGACGCGACCACGGAGCCCUGGAUUGCUGCGUGGUGGUGGUCCUUUCCCACGGCUGUGAGAGCUACCACAUCCAGUUUCCUGGCGCGAUCUUUGGAACGGACGGGCAGCGCAUUGCGGUGCAGAAGGUGGUCAGCUAUUUCAACGGCUUCCACUGCCCCAGCCUUAGGGGGAAGCCAAAAUUGUUCUUCAUUCAAGCCUGCGGAGGAGAGGAAAGAGACGAAGGCUUUCAAGUGGAUGCCGACACACCGGAGGACCAGCUGGAACAAAAGGCCGUCGAGUCGGACGCAACUCCCUUCCGGGGGCCGGGAGGAGACUGCGACGAGCUGGACGCCAUUGCUAGUUUGCCCACGGACAGCGACAUUUUGGUUUGCUAUCCAACGUUCCCAGGUGAGGGGCCGGGGCUGGGGCCGGCAGCAGUACCCCAGAUCAGCCACCAGAGGGCAGGCUUUCCUGUCCGUGCCGUGCAGGUGGCGGUGCGGAAAGGGCAGCAACCUGGGUCCUCUGCUGCUGGAUUUGGGCAGUGCAGCUCAGGGAGAAGACAGAGCCGUGGGGCUACUGGACGCAAACGCCCCAGGUCAGCUCACGGAGGGGAGCCAUUGCCUGCGUUUGCCACGGGUGUCGCCACAUUGCCCGUGGCGGCUGCAGUCAGGGGAAAGGACAUGGGUCCGGCCCGAGGAGGGGCGAUGGAGCAGCCACACGGUCCAGGGAAAGCGGAAAGCAGCAGAAAUAACUCAGCCUCCUUCUGCCCGGAUUGUGCGUUGUGAAAAUGGGGCAGAGAAAAUGCGCCUGGCUUUCAAGGUUCUGCCGUACAGCAAGAAGACAAUCCUGGGUUUCCGGCUGUUCCUCUUUCUUGUAUCACCUAUAGGCCCCAAUUCCCCUUGUGGCUGCAUCACCCCAUUCAGCCAGCAGGGGGCAGCACUGACUUCUGUAUCUCUUAGAGGGCCUAUCUUCCUUUCUGGCUGCACCACCCCAUUCAGCCAG